AUGAGAACAGAUACGAUAGAGAGCAAUAACACCAAAUCCAGCGCUCCCCUCCUAACCCAAAGAUACCUGAGAAUGGUCACAAAGGAUGGACACAGCACGCUCCAGAUGGAUGGUGCACAAGGACAAGGUCUGGCAUACCUCCGAGAUGCGUGGGGAAUACUAAUGGACAUGCGCUGGAGAUGGAUGAUGCUUGUAUUUUCUGCUUCUUUUGUCAUUCACUGGCUAGUUUUUGCAGUGCUUUGGUAUGUGCUGGCUGAGAUGAACGGGGACCUGGAGCUGGACCACGAUUCUCCACCUGACAACCACACUAUUUGCGUCAAGUACAUCACCAGUUUUACAGCUGCAUUCUCCUUCUCCCUGGAGACACAACUCACCAUUGGUUAUGGUACUAUGUUCCCAAGUGGGGACUGCCCCAGUGCUAUCGCCCUGCUUGCCAUACAGAUGGUCCUAGGGCUCAUGCUGGAAGCCUUCAUCACAGGUGCUUUUGUGGCAAAGAUCGCACGACCAAAGAACCGCGCCUUCUCCAUCCGCUUCACUCGCUGUGCCACAGUGACACACACAGAGGGGAAGCCGUACCUGAUGUUUCAGGUGGCUAACACACGCUCCAGCCCACUCACCAGCGUCCACAUUUCUGCUAUUCUCUACCAAGAACAGGAGAACGGUCAGCUGCACCAGACCAGUAUUGACUUCCACCUAGACAGCAUUACUUCGGACGAGUGCCCUUUUUUCACCUUCCCUCUGACCUACUACCACUCCAUCACCCCAUCCAGCCCACUGGCUGCUCUCCUCCAAAGAGAGGCUGCUCGCCACUUUGAGCUGGUCGUCUUUCUGUCAGCGGUGCAGGAAGGGACAGGAGAAAUGUGUCAGAGGAGGACGUCCUAUCUCCCCUCAGAGAUCAUGCUGUACCAUCGUUUCGCCCCUGUGCUUGCCCGCAGUGCCAAAGGUGAAUAUCAGAUCAAGAUGGAGAAUUUUGACAAGACAGUUCCUGAGCUCCCAGCUGCAGCUGAUUCAAUGAAUCCAAUGAGGACUGCCAAGGAGAUCCGCAUCAAUGGACAGCAUGUCGACAGCUUCCAGCUCUCUGAGACUGGCCUCACAGAAUAG